ACAGAAAACACCGUAACACCGGCUGCAGCAUCCGGGUGACGGCAGAGCGCAGACUCAAAUCCCCGCUGCAGUUCACUGCGUUUCCGUAGCCGCUGUGCUACCCGCUGAGCCCUGACCGGGGAAACAGCUCACGGAAACGAUUGAUCCCGGUCGAAUAACGACCGAAAAAGCUGGCGACAUAAAUGGCGGAUCGACACUGACAUCGGGAAGGACUCGCUGAACCGAUGCUCGCGACUCGGGUGCUCUCGGAGAGCGCGCUGCCAGCAACACCCCGCGUGACAUGUGAGAUGUGUACAGAAAGAUAUUAACUGUGCGUUAUUUCGGCUAGCUAGCUAGCUAGCAGCAACCCCCCCCCGUACACACGCACACACACACAUACUGUCAUUCACACAAACACGCGUACACGCACGCGCGCGCGUCUCUAUCCAAUUUAUGGUAGCUCGCGUGACCUGUAUUUGUCCACCGUCUGAACCGGAGUGAAAAUGAAGAAGUUUAACAUUAGAAAGGUGCUGGACGGCUUGACAGCGGCUUCCUCCUCCUCCUCCGCCGCCGCCGCCUCCGGGGCAGCCCAGCCGGGUGCUCCCCGGGAGAACGAUGCCGUCCAGGAGACUCUCCAGUCGGAGCAUUUCCAGCUUUGCAAGACUGUGCGUCAUGGCUUCCCAUACCAGCCAUCCUCGAUGGCUUUUGACCCCGUCCAGAAGAUCUUGGCCGUCGGGACUCAGACCGGAGCUUUGAGGCUCUUCGGCCGUGCGGGUGUGGAGUGCUUCUGUCAGCAUGAGAGCGGUGCGGCUGUCAUCCAGCUGCAGUUCCUGAUCAACGAGGGGGCGCUGGUGAGUGCCUUAGCCGACGACAGCAUCCACAUGUGGAACCUGAGGCAAAAAAUCCCUGCAAUCCUGCAUUCUCUCAAGUUCAACCGGGAGAGAAUCACAUACUGCCACCUGCCCUUCCAGAGCAAAUGGCUCUACAUCGGCACAGAAAGAGGAAACAUCCACAUUGUCAACGUGGAGUCCUUCACUCUCUCGGGCUACGUCAUCAUGUGGAACAAAGCAAUCGAGCUAUCCACCAAGACACACCCAGGGCCUGUUGUGCACAUCAGUGAUAACCCCAUGGAUGAAGGAAAGCUUCUGAUUGGAUUCGAGUGUGGGAUUGUGGUGUUGUGGGAUUUGAAGUCCAAAAAAGCGGACUGCCGCUACAAUUAUGACGAGGCGAUCCACUCGGUAGCCUGGCACCAUGAGGGCAAACAGUUUGUCUGCAGCCACUCUGAUGGCACGCUGACCACGUGGAACAUACGAGUCCCAGCCAAGUCUGCACAGAUCAUCACACCACAUGGAAAGCAGCCUAAGGAUGGAAAAAAGCCAGAGCCGUGCAAGCCGAUCCUGAAGGUGGAGUACAAAACAACAAGGGCUGGGGACCCGUUCAUGGUCCUGUCUGGAGGUCUGUCCUACGACACGGUGGGGAGGAGAGCCUGUCUGACUGUGAUGCAUGGAAAGAGCACUGCCGUGCUGGAGAUGGACUACCCCAUCGUGGACUUCCUGACGCUGUGUGAAACUCCUUAUCCGAACGACUUUCAGGAGCCGUAUGCUGUGAUGGUCCUCCUCGAGAAGGAUUUAGUUUUAAUAGACCUCGGACAGAUUGGGUACCCGAUAUUUGAGAAUCCAUAUCCUCUGACUAUCCACGAGUCACCGGUGACCUGCUGUGAAUACUUCGUUGACUGCCCUGCUGAACUCAUUCCUGCACUUUACUCAGUCGGCAGCCGGCAAAAGAGACAAGGUUACAGCAAGAAGGAAUGGCCCAUUAGUGGAGGAAACUGGGGUCAAGGCACUCAGAGUUACCCAGAGAUCAUAAUCACUGGACAUGCAGAUGGGUCGAUCAAAUUUUGGGAUGCUUCCGCAUUAAUGCUCCAGGUGCUCUACAAGCUGAAGACUGCCAAGGUUUUUGAGAAGGCUCGCAGUAAGGAGGAGAAGGCCAACACCGACAUAGUAGAGGAGGACCCGUUUGCCAUCCAGACCAUGUCCUGGUGCCCUGAGAGCAGGAUGCUCUGUGUCGCCGGGGUGUCCGCCCACGUUCUCAUCUAUCGGUUCAGCAAACAAGAAGUCACCACUGAAGUUGUGCAGCUUUUGGAGGUGCGGAUGCAGAGCGAGUUUAGCAAUGGGGACUCCCCUGAUCCGGGAGGAGAGCAGACCCCCACCCUGCCCAACCCGGGAGCUUCCCCCAGCCCUCAGGAGAGUGAGCCCCCCAGCCAGCCCUCCACAGGAAGCAACUCCUCCGACGGACCCAGGGACAAUAUCGCAUGCCUGCAGGUGCGAAGCUCCCCGCUGAAGCAGUCUCCGGGCUACCAGGUGGAGCUGGUGAUCCAGCUGGUGUGGGUGAGCGGGGAGCCUCCUCAGCCAAUCACCAGCCUGGCUAUCAACUCCUCCUACGGCCUCGUGGUGUUUGGGAACAGUAACGGUCUGGCCGUGGUCGACUAUCUCCAGAAAACUCUACUGCUCAACAUGGGCACGUCGGAGCUGUACAGCCCCUCAGACCCCUACCACAGGCAGCCUCGCUCGCCACGCAAAGUGCGCCAGUCCUCCGGAGCGACCUGUGAUUCGAACGACGGGUCCAACACCUCAGAGGACCGCUGCAAAUCUCCCACUUCAGGAUCUACUUCACCUUGCAAUUCUGAUGAUGAACGAAAACAGCGGUUCAUAGAGAAGGUGAAGUUCAAAAGCAGACGCUUUUCCAAGACGGUUGCCAAUGACUUUGCCAAGAUGUCACGGAAAAUUAGCUCGUCUAGCGAGCCAAAGACAGACCUGGCAAAGGAGAGGUCCAAACAAUGGCACUCUUUCACGCGUAAGAAGCACAGUUGCUGCCUGGGCCGAGGCCAGGCGGCAGCCCGGAUGACCCCCAAGGGCCCCGUCUGUAGAACCGAAUCGGCCCCCAACUUCUAUGCCAAGGAUAACACAUUCACCCGCUCACGUAGUUCAAGUGUGACCAGCAUAGAUAGAGAAUCUCGAGAGUCCAUCUCCGCCUUUCACUUCUGUGAGAGUUACCCCAGGAAGAUGGACGGCGCGGUGGGCCCCUGUCUGCUGGUGGGCACCACCCAGGGCACUGUGGUGAUGGUGGCCCUCAGCCUCCCGCCCGCUGUGGACCAGAGGCUGCAGCAACCCGUCGGCAUCUCCUCUUGUGGCACUAUGGUCACACUCAAAGGAGGCAUUUUGACCAUGGCCCUGUUGGACGCCACUGGAGCUCUGCUGCCCCCUUCCUUUGAGUCUUGGUACGACCCAAAUGCUUCCGACGAGGAGAAGGAGAAGAGCCGGAGGCGCAGGCCGGCAUCCCCUCCCUCGUCCCAGGAGGGUCCGGAGGCCCAGUUCGCCGUUCUGUGUUCGGAGAAGCAGGCCAAGGUGUUGGCCAUGCCCUCCCAAACCCGCGUCUACAAACACAACAUCACAGAGUCCUCCUUCGUGCUGAGGGCCGACGUCGUGCAGAUGGCCGGGGCGUACUGCAUCGCCUGUUUCUGUGCCAACGGGCACAUCAUGACUCUGAGUUUGCCCAGUCUACGGCCUCUGCUGGACGUGAACUACCUGCCGCUGACGGAUAUGCGGAUAGCCAGAACGUUCUGCUUCUCCAACCUGGGUCAGGCCCUGUACCUCACCUCGCCCACUGAGAUCCAGAGGAUCACUUACAGCCAGGAGACCUGCGACAAUCGACAGGAGAUGCUCAGUGAGUUAUUUACCCCUGUGGAGACACCAGAGGCUCCUAACAGAGGUUUCUUCAAAGGCCUGUUUGGGGGCGGAGCUCAGUCUCUGGACAGAGAGGACCUCUUUGGGGAAACCGGUGCUGGUAAGGCCUCCCGUAGCCUGGCCCAGCACAUACCUGGCCCGGCGGGCAUGGAGGGAAUGAAGUGUGCAGCGUCUGGCGUUGUUGGAGAUCUGGCUCGUGCACGGAUAGCUCUGGAUGAGAGAGGGCAGAAACUGGGGGAGCUGGAAGACAGAACGGCCGCCAUGAUGGCCAGCGCAGAUUCGUUUUCCAAACAUGCUCAUGACAUGAUGCUGAAGUACAAAGAUAAGAAGUGGUACCAGCUCUGAUGGCAGCGCGUGGAGCUUUGGACUCUAAUCACCAGUAUCACUUCUUCUAUCCUCCAUUUCCCUCCACGGGGGGGUUCUGAUCAACGGACUCCUGCUUCUGUUCUCAGCACAAUAUCACACACUCUGCAUUACCUCAGCUGCUGGAGGAGCGGCGCCGAGGAGACGCCGGCCGACCCAACGUAAUGAGAACGGAACGCAACGGAAGAAGAGAAGCUGUUAGAAAUCUUUCAUUUCACCUGAGAGCGAUGGUGUUCAUAUAACUUCUUUUGCAGAGCAGCAAAGAGGUGACCUUUUCAUAUCCAUCCGUCAUGCAGUCAAAUAUAUAUAUAUAAAAACACACAAACCACUGUUUUGUUUGGAAAAAGGAAAGACGAUUUUGCAAAUCAUAUAUACUGUGGUGGCCUGAUUUUGCUUUCUCUGAUCUUAAUGAUGUCUGUUCAACAAAGUUGACUCAAAUGAGGAUAAAAGUCUGACGACACGUUGUGCUUCAUGUCUAAUGAAGGUGUCUGUUUCUGUGGGAAUGAUUGGAAUUGAUGAAGGACUCCUGUGUGUUGGGUUUUUCCUUUCAACGUCUACAAAUGUUAAUUUACCUGUUUGUCCGGAAAGGGCCUUUCUAGCACCGUUAAAAGCUAGACAGGGAGAUGAUGCGUCUAUUGCCUCACCAAAAAAGGGCUGGUAGUACAGUAGUUCAUUACCGACCAUUCCUUUUCACAGCGUUUCCCAAACAAAUUGUUUUACGUUAGCAAGACAAAUUACGUGUUUUCUAAAGAUCCCUUUAUUUUUUCUGAUUUUUAAUUAGUUUAUUUAUUGGAACUAUACAAGUACAGUAUCUUUGUCAUAGAAGUAAUGUUUUUCCUUUUGUAGUAUCAAAUGCGCAAAGAAAAGUGCUGAAUUUUUUCCCCUGCUCAAGAGUUUACACUGAUCUAUCAAAGUGAAGAGUUGAUACACUGGAGAGCCUCUGAAGGUCCUUUUAGGGGUUGUAGCUAAGAUAUGUAUAAGACGAAAGCUGUGCUGAAGGGCAAUACGAUUGUCCUUGUUAUGAUUCGCAUAAAUGUAUAUUUUGGUUAAACAUAUUUUUUUGUGAUAAAGAUUCUACUAUACACAAUUAUUUACUUAUUUUUGUGGCAUUUUGAUUUUGUCGCCACUGAUUCUGGUCUUGGUUCUCGAGUUGUGGGGGGGGGGGGGCUGACUGAUGGAAAAGGUAAUGCUGUCAUGUUAUUCAUAGCUGCCAGUAGAAAUGAGAAGUGUUUUCUCCACUGGUCAUCUCUCUCUGAAGCAUUCACUUCAGAGCUGUUUCUCUUCUGCCUUUGCCUCAUGAUGCGUGCGCGUGUUCAGGAAUAUGUGUACGCCCACCAAUAUUUAGAAUUCUACAUAGUGUAUUGCAAUAGGUCUUUUGAGGUUUUUGUUUUAGCUUGACAGUGUUUUUCAAUGUGGUUAACUAGAAUUCUAUUGUAAUCAAAUUUAUUUUUCAGGAGAUGCCGGGAUAUGCUGCUAAUUGUGUACAAUGUAGGAGCAUUAUCGUUGGUCUUUUAUUUUGAAAAACGGAGGCAAUUCUUUGUCCGUCCAGAUUGCUGCCAAAUGUUGUAAAUAACAGCUGGACACAAAUCUGACGGGUCCAACGUGACAUACUGAACGCUUGCGGCCAUGUUCUUUUCCGACACCAAAGAGUUGCUUAAUUUCACAGAGUUGUCUUGAUCUUUUUUUUCCCUACUGUUGACACUCUGAAGUCUACUGAAAGAAGUGAAGGGUGGACUGUCUUUACGCUCUUCUUACGGGCAUGCCGCACUCAUUACCCCAACUGCUCUACAUGGAAACAAGUGAAUUUGAACGAAGUGAGAGAAUCUGUCUCUGAAACUGACUCAUGAAAAAAGGUUGCAAGCAUGAAGUUGGUUUUCCUCCAUUUAGUUAGAUCUUCGUGUUGAAUCCUGAAUACGGUUGAGUCUUUAAUUGUGGCACGUGUUAAUGGAAGGAAACCCUUCACUUCGAGCUGGCUGGUUUGGAACUGCUCUACUGUGUACUGCUGAGGUAAACCAAUCUGAAAGAGCAGUUAUGUGGGUUUUGCACUAUUUUUUUGUACAUAAAAUAAUUGAGUUAGUGUUUAUUUUUCUCUGUCCAGUUUUUCUUAUUUUUGAAAGGACCAAAACAUGACCGUACCUAUGGUUAUCUAUGUAAUUUGCCAAUUAUGCCGAUAGCGUCACUCUCAGAUUUGUUUUCAAUGUCAGGUUAAUGAUACUAUGAUAUAUUUAUAUAUUUGAAAACAAAUAUGUACUUUUAAUUUCAACAAUCUAUUAAAAUGAAUACCUUUUAAUGUAAUUCUAUGGAAUAGAAUAACUCCCUAAUGUCAAAACUAUGGUUGUGCAUAAUGAUCCAUCACCCACACAUGAGAACAAACAUUUUCUGGUUCUGUGUUGAACAUGCCCCUCCCAAAUUCAAACUGCAGGAGGGUCACCGCCUCUUGGCGGCCUGCCGGUUCUUUAUUCAAAGUCGCAUCUCGACUUUCAAGUGCUUCAGUUUGCAACAUAUAUGGUCUCAAUGGUCUCUUAUUGCACAUUGAAGGAUGCAUGAUAUUAAGUGUUUACAAACUUGAAACAACCAUGUAUUAUGUCUGUCUGUUCUGGCAUUUGUAUUUACCACCAUGUUGAACAAAAAUGAAGUUCUCAUCACGCGUCAGAAGUUGUCCCAUUUUCAUUCGAUCAUGCCAAUUGUGUAAGUGUGAAAAAUGUAUAUUUUAUUGGUACAUCGGUUUAUGUUACUGUUUGCUUUGUGGAAACUCUUGCUUUCCCUGCACUGUAGAAAGCUCACAGCACCGUGCAGGAGAGCUCAGGGGUUUCUCUGUCGCCAUACUUCCAUCUGUCUGUCUUCUGGGAUGAAUAUCUGUGGUUUGCAGUAUUUUCUCAUAGUAGGCAAUUUUUGUACAGUUUUAUUAAAAUAAAUUUCACAUGGAUGUCUGGCUUAAUCUGCUGCCACAAACAAUCUAGACUGUAGAUACAGUAUAUAUAGAUAUUAUUGUGCAAUGGAAAAUAAAUGUAAAACCCAAAUCAUAA